GAGAAAUUGUUGGAGUUUGAGACCGUUAUUAGGUGAAGGAGAGUAUAGCGAAAACUCUUACGUGAUUCAUGCAGUUUCCAGAGUCGUCGAUCCCAUCUUUAAUUAUUAUAAAUGGAAUCUUAAACGAUCAUGGUAUAAUACAUUGGUAUCUUGUGCCGAUUCACAUGAUAACUGUUCGAAUCUGCGGAUUGUAGAUUGGAUUUUGUGUAAUCCAUAUUAUCGUUAUACGGAUUUAAACACAUCACUAAAUGUAUCCUUCUGUGGUAUAGCAUAG